GUCGAUUGGCGGGCGACUCUUUGGAUCCAGAGCAGUGCAUUAUGGGACUCAGCUGCUUCAAGUCCUGGAAACAUGACCGGACUCGUCAUAAAGGAAACAGAGAUGUCUUGGCCAGUCCCGGCUCGUACUUCUUCCUCUCAAACAGCGCGGGACAAGGAGACGAGUGGCUCAAGACUCUCAAUAAAGGAGCCUGGAUCCCAUUCACAGGUGUUUUUGGUCAGCGUUUGGAGGAAACAGUUUUAUAUGAGCGUAAAUACGGGGUACGGCUGGUGCCUCUAGUGGUGGAGCAGUGUGUGAACUUUAUUCGGGACAGGGGUCUUCACGAGGUUGGACUAUUUCGACAACCGGGACAGACACGGAUGGUCCAAGAACUGAGACAGGCCUAUGACUCCGGGGAAAGGCCCAUGUUUGACAGCAGCACAGAUGUCCACACAGUAGCGUCGCUGCUGAAACUCUACCUCCGUCAGCUGCCUGAGCCUCUGGUGCCAUACAGCCACUACCAACACUUUCUGCAGUGUGGGAGGAAACUGUCCACCGACCGCACACGUGGUUUAGUCGAGUUAAGAUACCUGCUUCAUGAGCUUCCUGUUGCAAACUUCAACCUCCUCAACUUCAUUUGCCAAUUUUUAAAUGAAGUACAGAGUUACUCCAGUAGCAACAAAAUGAGUUGCCAGAACUUAGCCACUGUUUUUGGGCCAAACAUCCUUCGCUCCAAAGCCGAGGAUCCACAAAGCAUCGUGGGAGGGGCGGCGCUGGUGCAGGUCUUGAUGCUGGAGUUCAUCAGAGAGUACCACAGCCUCUUCUCUAAAGUGCCUCCUCCAUCUCUGAGACCUGCUGCGGGUCCGUACGUUGCCCCCUGCCUGCGACAGAUGUCUCUGCCGCUCAUCACAGAGAAAGACAGCGAGGCAGGACAAAGCUGUUUGCCCAAAUCUGAGUUUUAUCAGAAGAAGCUCUUGGGUCACCGUCACACAUCGUCCCAUCCUGAAACCUGCCUGUUCCUCGCCCCGCACUCCCCCGGUCCGCACAACAACGUUAACCUGCAUCACAACGGCGACCACGAGGAGCAUCCUGCACCUUUAAUCCUCCUCAAACCAGACGGCCUGAGCUGGACUGAGGCCUGGUCGGAUCUACGGGACCCCAAUGUCGACUACUGGACCCCUGACGCCCCCAACGAGGGACUAGCUUCGCUCAGCGGGGGUAGUAGUAUAUCAAAUGGUAUUAGUACUCCCUCUGCUUAUGACAAUAUAGAAAAAGAGAGCUCCAACAGUGGAUCGUUUGAAAAUGUCCAAGCUGAAAAUGCUGAGCCACAACAAAAUUUAGAUGAACAAAAUGAGGAGUCUUCUAGUUCCUGGUCGUCCUGUGAGAUUAUCCCACUGGAGGAAAGUGUGAGCCCUGCCUUUUCUGCAAAAAGACACACAAGUUUACCUGCACUGGAGUUAGCUGAUGGUAAAGACUUUGACAAAGAGCAUGAAGAGCCAUUUGAAUCGUUGCAUUAUACCACCCCGACGUCGCAUUCAGAGCCCAGCAUCAGUCCACUAAGUACGGGCAGCUCUGAGGUGUUCCUCCCCUCAGGACCUCCAGAGCUGCACGACCAGGAGGGACAAAGCGGGACGAGUGAAGCCAGAGAUACACACUCGCUGCUGGUUGAGCUGCAGCAGCAGAUGGCCCAGCAAAGACAGGAGUAUCAGGCCAGGAUUCAAAGACUGGAGUGCUGUAAUGACGUCUUGGAGAGGCAGAUAGCCAUCCUGAGGCUUACCCUGGAGCAGCAGAAGCGCAGCCACAGUGUCGCAGAAAGUAAAAUCAGACACAUGGAGUGGGCCAAAGCGGACGCCGACCAACGCAAUGACAAACUGCAGCGAGAGAUGGACAAGUUCUUGGAAAUGUGCAGAGAGAUCAAGAAUCCAGAGGAGGAAGAAACAAAGGAGGAUAAACCACGGACACGAGUUUUACAAAGUCUAUAA